UGAAUCUGACUCCUCUCUCUCUUCUCAGGUUUAAAAUGUGCUGCAUACUUUUGUGAAGACACGUCCGUCUUGAAUCUGAUGAUUGACCUGGACACUGACAGCGCUAUGCAGAGGGAAAUGAUGAAACUCUUCGAAAUAAAAGAUUCAUGUCUACACAUCUUCCCCAGGUUUCCUGAGGUCAAGAAAUACUUCAUAAAACUGGAAGAAAAGAUGAUCCAUAACAUUAUGAAGGAUUCCAAGCUUGAGGCUGGAGGCUCCAAAACUCACAACCUGAAGAGUUUAUCGCUGAAUCUGAACAAUAUCAGUGAGUCUGACCUCAACCUCACAGGAACCAACUCUAGAAUCCAGAUCGAAGCUCCACAGCUGCUGCCUCAGAACAAGUCAUUUAUCCCUGAGAUUUGGCUGCCAGUCGACGCCCUGCAGCACAUCCCACAGGAGAAGCGGCUCGUUGGUUUGGUCAGCUACAUGGAGAAUACUCAGUUCAAAUUCAAUCAGGAGAAUAUCUCGUCGAUGGUCGUCAGGAUAGAGCUGCUGGGGGGACAUCGACUUCACAAUCUGAAAACACCAAUCAAGAUGAUUUUCAGAGGUUUAGAAGUCGGAAAUAUAGAUAAUCACUCACAGUUACUGUGCAACUAUUUUGAUGUAGAGGAUACUUGCUGGAGAACGAACGGAUGUGAGACGUACAAUGUAACCGAUGACAACAGAACAGAUAUCACCUGCAUCUGUAACCACACAACACCAUUCGCUGUCCUGCUGAUGAGAGAGCCAAUCGCAAAAAUCCACUGGGAGAUUCUGUCAUACAUCAGCUACAUUGGCUGCGGCCUGUCCGCCUUCUUCACUGCUUUGUCUCUUGUCAUUUAUGUCUUUGGUCGAAGCCACAAGAUGGAUUACUCCAUCUCCAUCCACGUCUCUCUGAGCGGAGCCCUGUUCCUGCUCAACACCACCUUCCUGCUGACGGAGUGGGGGGCCACGGUGGAGCCCGACUGGGUGUGUGUGUUCGUGGCCGCUCUCAUGCAUUACUCUCUGCUCUGCUGUUUCACCUGGAUGGCCAUAGAGGCUCUUCACCUGUAUCUGCUGCUGAUUAAGGUGUACAACACCUACUACAAGCACUACCUGCUCAAACUGUCUCUGGCUGGAUGGGGGAUCCCUGCUGUGAUCGUUGGCAUCUCUUUGGGAGUGAAGGACUUCAAACAGUUUUAUGGAGUUACACAUAUGACCAUGUCUGACACUAACCAAACCAACUCCAUCUGCUGGAUCACAGACGACUCCUUCUUCUACUCCCUGAACCUGCUCUAUUUCACCCUCAUAUUCGUCUUCAACUCCGGCAUACUGGUGGCGGUGGCCUCCAGCAUCUGCAAGAUGAAACAAGUGUUCAGGAGCAGGUCCAGGCUCGGAGCGGAGGGUGAGGGGGGAAAGACCUGGAGAGACCCGCAGAGGUUGAGUGAGUCAUGCAGGGGGGGUCUCACCGUGCUAGGUCUCACCUGCUUGAUGGGGACCACCUGGGGUCUGGCCUUCAUGGGCUCAGGAUACGUCAACUUACCCAUCCUCUAUCUCUUCUGCAUCCUCAACUCCACCCAAGGUUUUUUCAUCUUCCUGUGGAUCUGUCUGUCAGCAAAGAAGCAGAGGAAGAGAGAAAUGGAAGAAAGACUGAGUUCGACUCCUGUGAAGAACACAACUCUCAAAUCUGAUUAGUUCCCCUUCCUGCUGCUUCCCUCAGUCUGUGUGAAACAGACGAACUCUAACAUGUAGCUCUCUGUGUUUUCUUAACUGUGAACUUUUCACAUGAAUUGUGUUUUCUGACCCUUAAAAAACUGAAUUAAAAAUACUUAAGCUAACCUUUGAUUGGAUGCUGUUGUUAAAUUAAAGCUGUAUUCUUAUGUUAAA